AUGUCGUCGCAUGGUAGCAAAAAAGGAUAUCAACAACAGGACUAUACGCCAGAGGAAUACCAUCCGAACGAUUCGCCUGGAGCUCCUUCUCAUUAUCAUUAUGGUCAUCAACAACCCCAAGUCGCUCAACGUCCAGUUCUAUCGAGCUAUUAUCGUCAUCAUGAAGACCCUCGAAACUCUGGCACCACGAAUGAGAACCGCGUCGGUCUACAAGAGAUAAUAAAGCACCCGUUGAAUAGCCAGGACCGAUUAUGGACAAGAGCGCCUCAAGCUUCUCAAUUAUACUCUCAGUAUGUAUCAGACUCGAGCAGCUCUGAUCCCUUCCGUCAACAACCAUCAAGCAUGACCGAAAGGAUAGCAGAACACGUCCCAUCAAGAGACCAUAGCCGCAAAGAGACCGAGGUCGACGAGUCUGAUGGUUUCAAUUCCCAGCUCUCCCAGCUUCCACUGGAUCCUGAGAUUGUAAAAGAGAUGGUUAAAUCAAGCACACAUACACGCAGGAAGCUGUAUGUUCAGAGCCUGGAAGAGUAUAUCACUGAUUCAAAGGAGGCGCUGCGGCAACAGGGUGUUACUCUCCCUCCCAUUCUAAGGUCGGCGACCUCCACAGGGGACAUGCUUAGCAAGAUGGAUGAUAAAAUGCAAAACUUAUCGGAAGUUGUAGAAGAACGUGAAGCGGAUUCUUCAUCUUUGGGUGAAAGGGAUUCAUAG